UGAGUCGGCAAGGUAGAUCAAUGGCGGGGUUAAAAAGAAAAGUGCUUGCCUUGGUAUUAAUUUCACCCAAGUAUAUAAAUGGUCAUGGCACUAUUGAUGGGUCACGGUGCCGAAGAGAUCAGAUAGAGAGGGGGAGAGAGCAGGUUUUCAGACAGAACAGCAACAGAUAACAGAGGAGACAACAUCAGGAUUCUCUAGAGUAGGCCUGUUCCGUUCUGUUCUUUAGAUUAGCAAAGAGGAGCCAUGGGAAGACCUCCAUGCUGUGAUCAAGUGGGCAUCAAGAAAGGCCCAUGGACUCCUGAGGAAGACAUCAUACUCGUCUCUUACAUUCAAGAACAUGGCCCCGGUAACUGGAGAUCAGUCCCCACUAACACAGGGCUGUUGAGGUGCAGCAAGAGUUGCAGGCUGAGAUGGACUAACUACCUCAGACCCGGAAUCAAGAGGGGGAACUUCACUCCUCAUGAAGAAGGGAUGAUCAUUCACCUCCAAGCUUUAUUGGGUAACAAAUGGGCGGCCAUAGCUUCAUACCUCCCGCAGAGGACGGACAAUGACAUAAAGAACUACUGGAACACUCACUUAAAGAAAAAGCUGAAGAAGUUCCAAGCUUCAGAUCAGACGGGCACGGCUCACCACGAUCAGCUUGUGCAGAGAAGUACUCUGGGCGACCAGCGGAGAGGCUUGGCAGGAGAUAUCACGAGCAGCAGCUCUUCCUCGACGUAUGCUUCGAGCACUGAGAACAUCUCAAGACUUCUCGAAGGGUGGAUGAGAUCCUCCCCGAAGAACAGCACCAACACCACCACCGCUUUUGCUACUACUAACAGCGGCAACUACAACCUCAAAAAUCUCGAGCUAGAGAAGGACUCUUCAAUUGAGAACGCUACAGCUUCCCUCAGCUGCUACCACCCGAAGGUCGAGCAAGAGGAGGUUUUUUGUGGAGAUCGCUUGAUUCCCCAUGAUGAGUUCGAGUCGAUCCUGUCCUUUGAGAAUUUGAACGCCAACGUUUCGUGGGACAAGUCGUCGACCUGUGACCAGAAGGUUGCCAUUGGCAGGCUGAGAUCUGAUCAUCCUCAGCAGCAGCAGGCUUCUCCUCCUCCUCCAUUGUCCUUCCUUGAGAAGUGGCUGUUCGAUGAGACAACUAACGGAGGUCAAGUGGAAGAGAUAAUGGAACUGCCUUCAAUCUUCUGAUAGUUUCAACAUCUACAAUACUUUUAUUAUUAGUAGUUUAAUUAGAACUAAGAUUAAUUAAGAAAUAAAGAAAAUCAAAAUGUUCAAUCUUCUGAUCUUUCCUUUUGCUUUGUUCUUCUUUUUUUUUUUGGGGGGGGGGGAGGGGUUCUAAGAAGUUGGGAUCUCUGUUCUUUGUUUCUUUAGCAUUGUAACUCAAUUAUUAGGAGAACCAUAUAACAUGCGAAGAGAGGACCAUGGAUGAAGUUAUGUGCCAAAUUAUCCAUGCUUCUAUCUUCAUGCGCCACUAUGUGAAAAAUCGUCAUCUAUACUGAAAUUGUAUGCCAUUUCCGUUCUAUUUCAA